AAAACGGGCUCGUCGGCCACUGUGCUACACAGUUCUCUUUACGUCGCCGGAUCUGGACUUCUCGGUGAUCUCCCUGCUUUUCACUUUCUCAAUUUCCCCUGUCGGUACGCAGUUGCUCUGCAACAUUUGAACCAGCAGGGCCUAUAUUUACGUGAGAUAAAGAGAGAGUUGAAUUGAGAGCGAGAGAGGGAUAUGUCGCGGUUUCAUGUUGGAGGGAAGGUGGUGGAUACGGUUGAUUUGUUGAAGAAGAAGCACUGGGCUUGGCGUUUGGAUGUAUGGCCGUUUGCCAUUCUCUAUGGUCUCUGGUUGGUCAUCAUUGUUCCUGGCAUCGACUUUUUUGAUGCCACCAUAGUUCUUGGUGGCUUCUUUGCUCUCCAUGUAUUGGUCUCGCUCUUCACUGCUUGGUCUGUUGAUUUCAAAUGCGUCGCCCACUACUCUAAGGUUAACGAUAUUCAUCAGGCGGAUGCCUGCAAGAUAACUCCGGCAAAAUUUUCUGGCUCAAAAGAAGUUGUAGCACUGCAUGUCCGUAAACAACUGGCAGGAUCUUCAACCCUGGAUGGUGAAGUGGAGAUCUUCUUUGAUUUUAGAAAGCAACACUUCAUCUAUUCAAAGGAGAGGGAGACCUUUUGCAAGCGUCCUUAUCCUACUAAGGAAACCAUUGGUUACUAUCUUAAAAGUACUGGCCAUGGCUCAGAAGCUAAAGUUGUUUCUGCUUUUGAAAGAUGGGGACGCAAUGUAUUUGAAUAUCCCCAGCCAACAUUCCAAAAAUUAAUGAAAGAGCAAUGCAUGGAGCCCUUCUUUGUAUUUCAGGUUUUCUGUGUGGGUCUUUGGUGUUUGGAUGAGUAUUGGUAUUACAGUUUGUUCACCCUAUGUAUGCUAUUCAUGUUCGAGUCAACUAUGGCAAAAACACGAUUAAAAACUCUAACUGAGCUGAGGCGUGUCAGAGUGGAUAGCCAGACAUUAAUGGUUCGUCGUUGUGGGAAGUGGGUGAAGUUGUCUGGGACCGAUCUUUUGCCUGGCGAUGUUGUAUCCAUUGGUCGUUCUUCUGGUCAGAAUGGGGAAGAUAAGGCAGUGCCGGCUGACAUGCUUUUGUUAGCUGGUAGUGCUAUUGUCAAUGAGGCCAUUCUCACUGGCGAGUCAACUCCACAGUGGAAGGUUUCAAUCAUGGGUAGGGGAAUCGAGGAUAAGUUGUCAGUUAGGCGCGAUAAAAAUCAUGUUUUAUAUGGUGGCACUAAAUUGUUGUUGCAUACUCCAGAUAAGACCUUUCCACUUAGAACUCCAGAUGGUGGCUGCCUGGCUGUUGUUCUGCGGACUGGCUUUGAGACAAGUCAAGGGAAGCUGAUGAGGACUAUUUUAUUCUCCACAGAGAGGGUUACUGCUAACAACUGGGAAAGUGGGCUGUUCAUUCUAUUUUUGGUCAUAUUUGCAUUGAUUGCAGCGGGUUACGUACUUGUAAAGGGGCUGGAGGAUCCCACAAGGAGCAAGUACAAGCUUUUUCUAAGUUGUUCACUUAUCAUUACUUCAGUGAUCCCCCCUGAGCUGCCAAUGGAAUUGUCAAUGGCUGUUAAUACAUCUCUGAUUGCUCUGGCACGACGUGGAAUAUUUUGUACAGAACCUUUUCGGAUUCCAUUUGCUGGAAAGGUCGACAUAUGUUGUUUUGAUAAAACUGGGACCCUCACAUCAGAUGACAUGGAGUUCUCUGGAGUGGUUGGUUUGAAUGGAAGUUUCGAUUUGGAAUCUGAUGUAACUAAGCUACCUGCACGCACAUUGGAAAUUCUGGCGUCUUGUCAUGCAUUAGUGUUUGUGGACAACAAGCUGGUUGGUGAUCCUCUUGAGAAGGCUGCACUUAAAGGAAUAGAUUGGAGUUACAAAUCUGAUGAGAAGGCUGUCCCAAAAAAGGGGAAUGGCAAUGUUGUGCAGAUUGUUCAGAGACAUCAUUUCGCAUCCCAUUUAAAACGAAUGGCUGUAGUAGUCCGUAUUCAGGAGGAAUUUUUUGCUUUCGUGAAGGUUAGUGAAGCUAGAAGCUUGGAUAGAGGUGUAGUGGAGAGCGGCCUUACUUUUGCUGGUUUUGCGGUGUUUAAUUGUCCUAUAAGAACUGAUUCAGCCUCUAUUCUGUCAGAAUUAAAAAAUUCAUCACAUGACUUGGUGAUGAUAACUGGGGACCAAGCUUUGACAGCUUGCCAUGUUGCUAGCCAAGUUCACAUUGUAUCAAAACCAGCAUUGAUUCUUAAUUCAUCAAAGAGUAGUGAAGGUUAUGAGUGGGUAUCACCUGAUGAGACCGACAGGAUUCGCUACAGUGAUGAGGAGGUUGAAACUUUAUCUGAGACCCAUGACCUCUGCGUUGGAGGUGACUGGAUUGAAUUGUUACAACAGACUUCUGCUGCUCUGCGAGUCAUUCCUUAUGCAAAGGUUUUCGCAAGAGUUGCGCCUGAGCAAAAGGAGCUAAUCAUGACAACUUUAAAAACCAUGGGAAGGAUAACACUGAUGUGUGGUGAUGGGACCAAUGAUGUUGGAGCACUAAAGCAGGCCCACGUAGGAGUUGCUCUGCUGAAUGCAGUGCCACCGACUCAAAGUUCUCUGACACCAAAAGGCGAGACUGCAAAGCCUGUCAAGUUGAAGAAAUCAAAACCUGCAUCAGAUUCCACCAGCCAUACUGCUGCUAAUCGCCAUCUGACGGCUGCAGAGAUGCAAAAACAGAAGCUAAAGAAGAUGAUGGAUGAGAUGAAUGAGGAGGCAGAUGGUCGUACAGCUCCUAUGGUCAAGCUUGGGGAUGCCUCGAUGGCAUCACCAUUUACUGCAAAGCAUGCGUCAGUCGCCCCCACUACAGAUAUAAUUCGUCAGGGUCGUAGUACUCUGGUGACAACUCUGCAGAUGUUCAAGAUACUUGGCCUUAACUGCCUUGCUACUGCUUAUGUCUUGAGUGUUAUGCAUCUGGAUGGUGUCAAGCUUGGUGAUGUCCAGGCUACAAUCAGUGGUAUUUUUACAGCUGCAUUGUUCUUGUUUAUCUCCCAUGCUCGCCCUCUUCCCACCCUCUCAGCUGAGCGGCCACACCCCAACAUUUUUUGUGCCUUUGUCUUACUUUCUCUACUGGGGCAGUUCGCAAUCCACUUAUUUUUCUUGGCUUCAUCUGUAAAGGAGGCUGAGAAGUACAUGCCUGAUGAAUGUAUUGAACCGGACUCGGAUUUUCAUCCCAACUUGGUUAAUACAGUUUCUUACAUGGUGAGCAUGAUCCUUCAGGUGGCGACCUUUGCUGUGAACUACAUGGGCCAUCCUUUCAACCAGAGCAUCUCAGAAAACAAACCAUUCUUGUACGCUCUCAUGGGUGCUGUAGGUUUUUUCACGGUUAUUACAUCUGAUCUAUUCAGGGACCUGAAUGACUAUUUAAAAUUGGUGCCUUUGCCACCGGGAUUGAGGGAUAAGUUAAUGCUUUGGGCUCUCCUGAUGUUUCUGAGCUGCUACGCCUGGGAGAGAUUUUUGAGAUGGGCAUUCCCUGGGAAGAUUCCAGAUUGGAAGAAACGACAACGGCUGGCUGCUACUAAUUUGGAAAAGAAACGGAUCUGAUAUUAAACUUCGACGUUGGUAGGUGUUUUGGCUACAGCUAGAUAGAAAGAUACUGUUGAUGGCAAAAGUUAGGACCAAAAGCAAAGAAAAACAUGGGAUACAAUCGAUCACAAUGUUCCCUCCCGUUGGGUGGUGGGAAUUUUUUUCCAGCUACAUACAGAAAGAAUAAUCCUUUCUUUCUUUCUUUUUUUCUUUUUGAUUGUACUUUCUAAGCACCUAUAGUAUACGGUGCUAUUAUUAACCUUGGUUCCUGAGGCAUGGAACUUGGUUCAACCUGCAAAAGAGAAACUGAUUUGAAUGUACACCUCGGAAUAUAGGAAUUACAGAUUGUCAUUGUAAUAGAUAGAUACGAAGUUUGCCUCCU